CUCCUCCUCACAGCAACGCCUUCACCCUCCUGAAGAGACCGAAGCAGCCAACCUUAACUAAGAGCUACGAAGAAACAGAGACAUGGCUUCUCGAGUUGCACUUCUCCUCUUGCUGGGCGUCAUCUGUGUUGGGUUUGCAUCAGCUGAGAUUGUGGUGGACUGCUGUCUGAAGGUUGCUGAGAAGCCGUUGCCGCUCACAAUCCUCCAAAGCUACACCAUCCAGGAAGGUGGAAACGGAUGUGAAAUCAGCGCUACUGCGUUCAUUACAAAGGUUGGAAGGAUACUGUGCGUCUCCCACCCCCGUGAUAAAGCGUGGGUGAGAAGUCACAUCAAACAUCUGGAUCAUAAAAGAGCUCACCAAACCAGACAGAAGCAGUCACCUCACCUCAUUUGCAACUGCAGGUGCCGAAAGGAAGAACAGGCUCAGCCAAUCAGCCUCCAGAAAGACGAAGAGACGACAUCGCCAGCUCAGCAACCAGACAUGGCUCCGUGGGGUGACGCCAAGCUCUUCUUCUGCAUCCUCUUCAUCACCUGCUGCUGCACAGUGACAUUGGCUCAGAUACCCAUGGACUGCUGCCUGAGUGUCAGCGACAAAAGAAUUGAACAAUCUAGAGUUGCAGACUACCGUCGACAGAUCAGCGGACAUGGCUGCUCUAUUGAUGCCAUGAUUUUUGCGACCAGACGCGGCAAGAAACUCUGUGUGCCUGCUGACAAAAAGUGGGUCCAAGAGGUGGUGAAGCAUGUGGACACCUUGAAGAAAUUUUGCAAGCAACGCCACUACAAGGGCAAACACUGCAUUGGAGUGAAGCAUGAGUGAAGGGAGAGCGACACGUGACCCCUUCAGCAGCAACAACAGAGCCGGAGUGAACCACUGCAAGUGGGAGAAGGGGUGGAUCAAACCAAUAAAUAAACAAAUAAUCAUGGCGAUUCCUAGGACUACAGAGUGCUUUCUGUUUUUUACCAUUAUAUUUUAUAAAAUGAUGUUCGAGCCACAAUGAAUAUAAAACAUUUUGAAGGAUUUUUAUAUAUAUAUAUAUAUUUUUUUAAUGAUAUUUCUGUUUUGGAAGAUCCAGGAUUUCUGGAAAAAAUAUAAGAGUACAAAAUGUGAAAGAUGUAAGAGUGUGUAGCUAACUAAACUAAUUCUGAACAACUGAAUUACUCAGGCAGGGCUAGUUUGUUUGUUGUAUGAAUUUAUUUGAUUGUUGUCCUUUUUCAAAAUAAAGCCAUGUUUUUUCAAACCCUG